GUACUUUCCGUGGUACAUGGCAUCUCCAAGGCACCCCUUUCGGAAAGGGAAGGAGAACUUGGGCGGCCUUGCUGCCGCCUGGGGUUGGACAGGUCCUUCACCCGUCGAAGAUUUUGCCAACCAUUCUGUCUUAAGAUUGGCUCGGAACUUGCCUCCUGGUUCCCUGUUGAUCGAUGCUGGAGUUUUCGAUGGAACUGAUUGGUCUCUGAUGGGCAUUCUGGCUGGUGCGACCGUGAUUGGUUUCGAGCCUUUGCUGGAGAACAGGAAACUCAUUGACGACAGGCUACCCGUGCGGCUCAGUGAGUAUGAUCAAACUUCGGCCCACACAUUCCUGCACAUUGAGCCGGGAGAGGCAGUGCCACGGCUUGACUGGAAGUCUGUUUUCACGGAGGGCAGCAGGGCCGGUCACAGCUACAUUAUGACCGCUGCUCUUGGAGAACGCGUCAGGGCCUUGAAUAUGACAACGCGCUAUGACUACAGCAGCAUUUCUGACCAAGGAUAUCUCACAGGGCCUCCCAAUAUGCAAGUGGAAGAGAUUGCCAUGACAACGCUGGAUGACACCAUCGGUCCGUACUUGCCAUUCGACCACAUCGACCUCUUGAAGCUAGAUGUGGAAGGCUACGAGAUGGGUGCCUUGCGCGGUGCCGAAGGGCUGCUGGCCGACGGACUGGAUUUCCAGAUCCACCAUUUCGGAGCGGGGAGCAUUAAACAUGGGGACUGA